AGCUGAAGUGCAGUAUGCGCGUGACGUCACAGAGAAGCUCGCUUAUUGAUUACGGAGGAGACUAUUCACAAGCAGAACGCAACUGACAGCGCACAUGGCGGGGGAGUGAGGUGUGGAAGCGAGGCAGCACAAAUUAAACUGACAGAGCUCAAGAAAACAUAACUGAAGAUGGUUGUCCCAAUGCGCAACUGCUGCUCGGUGUUCACGCUUCGUCAGAGCACAAUGCUAAUAGCUAUUGUUGAAUUGUUAUUGACAGCAAUUAUCCUCUUUCUUUUGCUACUUGGUUCAGCACAUGCCCAAGAAAUAGCUAGGAUGCUUCGGUAUGACAUUACAGAUAGUGAAGAAAGGCAGGGAACUGAACCUGAAGAUAUUGACUUUUCAAUGAAACGCACACCAAUUACAAAUAAUGAACUCCAGUUACAAACUGCUGAACAUGAGCUUUUGGUUACAAUUAUUUCAAUAUACACUGGAAUUGCCAUGGUGACAAUACAUCUCAUCAGCUGUGUGAUGCUGCUAUAUGGUGCGAUCAUGCAAGUGCGUCAACUGCUUGCGCCUUGGAUUGGAGUUGUGUUUGUGGGAAUGAUAGUGGUCGUCAUUAGUUUGAUUGCCUAUGGUGUCACAGGUGAAGGAUCAACAACCCUGUUUGUGUGUACAGGACUUGCUAUACAAAUCCGUUUCUGUCAGUGGAUGGUCGUGUUCAGCUACUACCGUCAACUUGUUGAGGCCAGCAAUGCUCCGUGCUCAGCCACUACAGUGAUAACCCCUGAAGCUACAUGUGUUACAUCAGCCAAUUUUGGUUAUCCAGAACCUUUGCUCAAGCCCUCAGAAGUAUGAACUGCUGACGCUCAGUCAAAAAAUGCCACAGGGUUUCACCUACUCAAACAUAUCUACAUUUUGUUAUACAGCAAUUUUACUAUGUUCCAUUUAUUGCCAAUGAAAAAUAAAUUCAUUUAUUAUUUCUCCUUGUUUAGGCUUACAACACUUUCAAAUUAACUUUGUAUUUUUGUUUUUUGAAACCAUAAAUUUUUCGUAAUAUGUUGUUAGAUAAAGCAUUAUGUUUAGAACAGCUUAUGAUUUGAAAUUAAUUAAAACUGAUCUCUAAGUUCAAAAUAAUGUGUUAAUGUAAACAGGUGGGGAAGAGCCCUCUUAUGUCAUUAAUAAAUGUAUUGUAAAAUACCUA